AUGGGACCAGGCUUCACUCAAUUAAACGACCUUACAAUUAUACAACUCUCACAUGGAAUGGCCCAGCAUUUAUUACAAGACAUGGCUAGUAAAGGAAACAAUAAAAUACCCAAAAUUGUGGUUGGGUUUGAUGGACGUCAUAAUAGUUUGAGAUUUGCUCAAUUAGCCUCAAAUGUAUUCAUUAAAAAUCGAAUUUGUUUAACUUUGUUUUCUGAAUGUGUUCCAACACCUGUUGUUUCUUUUGCCGUUGUUGAAUUAAAUUGUGAUGCUGGUUUAAUGAUAACAGCCUCCCACAACCCAAAAGAAUAUAAUGGCUACAAAGUUUAUUGGAAUAAUGGCGCUCAAAUACUUUCCCCUCACGACAAAAAAAUUUGCCUUCUUGCUAGAGAAUCGCCUCCAAAAGACGAGUAUUGGAAUAUUACAACUUUAAAUACAACAAACAAUUUAUUUUCUGUUGCUGAUUCUGUUCUGGAAAAAUAUUUUUGUAAUGAGUCUGCUGUUUGUUGUUUUUAUAGAGAAUUAAAUGCAAAAACUUCACUUAAAUUUACUUAUUCUGCCUUCCAUGGUGUUGGUUCUAAAUUUGCUCGUAGAAUGUUUAAAGAAUUUGGAUUUCCAGAAAAUGUUUUUUCUUAUGUUAAGGAACAAGACGAACCCAAUCCAGACUUCCCAACUGUCUCUUUUCCAAAUCCAGAAGAGGGCCAUGCUGUUCUCAAACUUUGUUAUCAAACAGCUGAGGAAUCUAGUUCUACUUUAAUUUUGGCGAAUGAUCCGGAUGCCGAUAGACUUCAAGUUGCUGAAAGACAGCCUGAUGGAGAUUGGCGUUUAUUUAAUGGAAAUGAAAUGGGUACUUUGUUAACUUGGUGGAUUUGGACACAAUGGAAACAGAGAAAUCCAGAUAUUUCGGCUGAAGAUGUUUAUAUUCUAAAUAGUGCCGUUUCUUCUCAAAUAGUUGCUACAAUGUCUAAAAUUGAAGGCUUCAAAAAUGACGUUUCCUUGACUGGUUUUAAAUGGAUCGGCAAUUUGGCACAUGAAAUUCGUAAGAAAGGAAAAUUGGUUAUUCUUGCGUGGGAAGAAUCUAUAGGGUUUGCAACAGGAACAACUCUUGAUAAGGACGGAGUAAGCGCAGCAGCAGUAUUCGCAGAAAUGGCCAAUUAUUUAGCUUCCCAAAAUUUAAAUAUGAAAAAACAAUUAUUUAAUAUUUACAACAAAUACGGCUUCCAUUUAAUUGGAAAUUCUUAUUGGACAGUUCCAGAAAAUAGUGUAACCAAAAAAUUAUUUAAUAAUCUUCGAGAAAAUGGAAAAUAUCCGGUUAAUAUUGAUGGAAACAAUUUUGAGGAAAAAUAUGUUGUGAAACAUGUUCGAGAUUUAAAUACUGGUAAAAACAUGUUUUUAAUUGAAUGUUUGGGAAUGUUUUUGUGAAUGUUUUUGUUUAAAUGUUUUUCUGAAAAUAAUUGUGUUUGGAUGUCUCAAUGUUUUUGCGUUUGAUAUUGUAAUGUUUUGAUGUUUUUGUAAUGUUUCGAUGUUUUGUAAUUGUGUUUUCAAUGUUUUUUGGGUGUUUUGUUUGUUGUUUUUGUUUUUAAAUGUUUGUUUUCAUAUGUUUUAUCGAAUGUUAGUGAAUGUUUUUAAUUGUGUUUUGAUGUUUUUUGCGUUUAAUAUUGUAAUGUUUUGAUGUUUUUGUAUUUAUUUGUUUUGAAUGUUUUUUCGGAUGUUUUGAUUGUUUUUGUAUUGAAUGUUUUGUAAAUAUUUGUUUUUGAAUGUUCUUGUGUUUGAAUAUUUUGAUGUUUGUUUGCUUAUUUUCAAUGUUUUGUUUUCAAUGGUUUCAAUGUUCUGAAUGUUUGUUUGGAUGUUUUUACA